AGACUUUCCGACCUGAAGAUCACGGACGUCAUGAUUUGACCUCUUAUUUAUUUUUUUUCAAAGCUCCCAGUUGUCAUGAACGCACCAAUUUCUACCAAAGGAUUUUAGAAUUUGUGCGCUGUCUCUCAUUGCUAGCUGUCAGGUAACCAUGACAACGGACGCAGCGACAGGGUCAAAGUUGAUUUAAAAAAAAUCUGUCUGUGAAACAGACAGGUCUAUAGACAUUCUACCGGAGUAUAAAUUAAAUGUAGUUUUGACUAGCGACACUUGUCGCAUUCAAAUUGUCUACAGACAUGUCGAUAGACAAAGUCUAAACCAGCCUUUAGGGUAGGGACGUCUCAAGGAUCCCGGAUUGCAUUAAGCUUUCUAUGCGCGUUAUUAUUUGGGUCAUUGAGCGAUUGGCAACUGUGUAACAGCUUUUCCCCACACAGACUGCCUCACCUCACCCAUGAGUCUACCGGCCGCCCCGCCCAGUUACGCUGAAGCCAUGGCAGGGGACAAGGAGCAGACGUACGGUGGAGUGAUGGUUGCAAUGCCCCCCUACAGUGACAACCUGCCCCCCAUGCCCCCUCCAUCGGUGCCCAUCCACACCAGCUGGGCCUACGUGCACCCCAGUCCCAGCCCGGGCUACACCAACCCCUACACUUCCGACAUGUCCUCUCCCUUCUCCGACCCCAGCACCAGCGACAGCUUGGAUGGAAGCAACUGGGAGGACAAGAAUAUCCGACGCAUGUUCAUUCGCAAGGUUUUCUCCAUCCUCAUGGUCCAACUGUUGGUGACCUUUGGUAUCGUGGCUCUCUUCACAUUUUGUGAACCAGUCCGGCAGUUUGUGCAGUACAAUCGAAUCCUCUACCUUGCCUCAUACAUCACCUUCAUGGGGGCAUACCUGGUGCUAGUGUGCAGCACAAGUGCCCGGCGACAGUAUCCCACCAACCUCAUUCUCUUGGGGAUAUUUACUUUGGCAAUGUCUUACAUGGCAGGAAUGCUGGCUAGCUACCACAACACUAAAGUGGUGAUGCUGUGUGUGGGCAUCACCGCCAUGGUGUGUCUGUUCAUCACGCUCUUCUGUUUCCAGACCAAGGUUGAUUUUACGUCGUGUCACGGUCUGCUCUUCUCUCUCAUGAUGGUGCUGAUGGUGACGGGACUGCUGCUCCUCUUCACCGCACCCUUCGGAUAUAUACCUUGGUUGCAGACAGCGUAUGCUGGACUGGGUGCCCUUGUCUUCACGUUGUUCUUGGCCUUUGACGUGCAGCUGCUGAUGGGCAACCGGAGGUACUCCCUGAGUCCGGAGGAGCACGUGUUCGGAGCGAUGUGUCUUUACAUGGAUGUGGUCUACAUCUUCUUCUUCCUCCUACAGCUGUUUGGGAGUCAGGAGUGAAGUCACACCACCUUGUAGUCACGUUCAAUAGCCCCCCCCCCCACCCCCCCCUCGCUGAGUUUACUUUAUUGGG